AUGACGCGCCGUGUAACGAUCGUGUACAGUCCGUCGGUCGGGCGGAGCCGUCCCGGUGGAUCCCGCUGGGAGCCCGGUCCCGGUGCCCGGAGCAUCGAUGGCCACUUACACCCGCCGACGGCCACCGGCUCGCUCUGCCUCUCCUGUAUGGCCACGUCAUCGUCGGCGGCCACCGUGCGAUUAUCAUCCUCAUCAGCGACCUCGACCUCCUCCGCAUCAUCAUCCUCAUCAGCAUCGUCAUCGGUCGCAUUUCACGCAUCGUCACAGUCCUUUCCGUGCCAACGGUGCUGCUCGAUAUCCUCCAUUUUAAAAUCCCCGUCACCGUCACCGUCGUUGAGUGCCUCAGAAAAUGCAGCGCAAAUUGAAGAUGCGCUUAAUAACAACCACCACCAGCAACAAAAUAAUCACCAGCAUUACCGGCAACAGCAUCAUCAUCAACAUCAUCAUCAUCAUCAUUGGUGUGCAGAGUGCACAUCCGGUCCGACGAAACGCUCGCCCACCAAGGAGCAGUCGUGGGCCAUGUACCCGGUCGUCGGGCUAAUUGCGGCCCUCUGCUAUCUGAACGGCAUCCACGGUGACUUCGUGCACGACGAUGUGCCGGCCAUCACGCUCAACAAGGACGUGCUCGGCCUCAGCCCGGUCGCCCAGGUGUUCCGCAACGACUUCUGGGGCACGCCGAUGGCAGAUCUCGGCAGCCAUAAAUCAUACCGACCGCUGACCACGCUGACGUUUCGAUUAAACUACCUUACCUUCGGGCUGCGCUCGAUAUGGUUUCAUGCGACGAACGUGGCCCUUCAUGCGGCCGCCACCGUGCUCUUCACCCGCGUCUGCCUGACGAUCGCCGGCUUGCGGAGGAAUUUCGCCAUCCUGGCCGGAAUCCUGUUCGCCGUCCAUCCGAUACACACCGAGGCGGUGACGGGCAUCGUGGGACGUGCCGACGUGUUGGCGUGUAUCUUCUUCCUCAUCUCGCUGCUGGUCUAUCACGGCCGCUGCCACGAGCCGGACAUGAACUCGCUCUGGCUCAGCAUCGUGCUGGGCGGGUUGAGCAUGCUGGCCAAGGAGACGGGCAUCACUGUGUUCGUGCUGAACGUCGCGUACGACGCGUACCGGAACUGGCCGGCCCUGAAGCGGACCGUGCGCGAUAUGCGCUGGAGCGAGGAGACGCACCAGUUCGGACGGCGCGUCUCGCGCGUCCUGCUCUCGAUGGGGGUCCUGCUGGCCGUCCGAUUGGCGCUGCUGCAAGGAUCGCUGCCCCGCUUCUCGCAGCAAGACAACCCGACCGCCUUCCACCCGAAUCUCUACGUUCGGCUGCUCACCUUCUGCUAUCUGGCCGCCUUCAACUGGUGGCUGCUGCUGUGCCCGUCCACGCUCAGCCACGACUGGCAGAUGGGCUCGAUACCGCUCGUCACGACGCUGAGCGAUCCGCGCAACCUGCUCACCUUCAUCGCGUUCGGCGCCGCCCUGCUCUUCACGUACCGCGGUCUCACCGAUAGCGAGCAUCAACGUCACGUGCCGCUAGUGCUGGGCCUCCUGCUGCUGGUGCUGCCGUUCCUGCCCGCCACGAACCUCGUCGUAACGGUGGGCUUCGUCGUGGCCGAGCGUGUCCUGUACAUUCCGAGCAUGGGCUGCCUGAUCCUGGUCGUGUACGGUGCGCAGCGGCUCUGGGAGCGCUUUCGGGCCGCACGGAAACCGAUCCUGUUCCUCGGUGCCAUCCUGCUGACGGCCGGCUGUCUGAAAACCAUCGCCCGGAAUCGCGACUGGAGCUCCCGGGAAGCGUUGCUACGGUCGGGCCUGCAGACGCUGCCGCACAACGCCAAAAUGCACUACAAUUUCGGCAAUUUCCUGCGGGACUCGUCGAAGCCGGAACCGGCCAUCGCCCACUACCGGGAGGCGCUGCGGCUCUGGCCGUCGUACGCCAGCGCCCACAACAACCUCGGCACGCUGAUGCCCCGCUUCGAGACGGCCGAGUAUCACUUUCGGGAAGCGAUCAAAUAUUCAUCCGAACACAUUAACGCCCACUACAAUCUAGGCCAAUUAUACCGGAAAUCGAAUCGCACCGGCGACGCCAUCCGGAUGCUGGAGCGCUGUAUUCAGCUGGAACCCCUGUUCACCGGUGCCUACCUCGAGCUGGUGAAGCUGUACGGAGGACCCCGGGCCGGCCAGCUGCUACGGCGGAUCGUGCGGCUCGCGCCCUACAACGCGGACCUACGGCGACAGUACGGCGACUGGCUGCUGGAGCAAGGGAUGCUGCUCGAGGCGAUCAAACAGUACCAGGAAGGGAUCAAAAUAAUGGAAACUCAUCAAUUAUCCGUGAUUGGAGCCUGUCGAUGCCUGCGCCGGAUGGGACAGCAGGCCCGCUUACAUCAAAUGGUGCUGAGAUGGCAAUUUAUAGUUCGCUUAUCGAACGGCGGCAUUCCGAUACAGAACGAUAUCUAUCUCCGUGAUUGGAGCAUAAAGCACGAGCUUCGCAACCGGGCGAUGAUAUACGACAGUGGGCCGCCGACGCCACCGCCACCGACGACGAGCACCGUGAACGGAAUCACAACUCCCUCCGGAACGACUCCCUCCCACGAAGCGGCGGGCGCUCCGUGCCCGGCCACCGUCAACGACAACCCGACUGGGCACAGCGGCACCGGCAGCAGCAUAAAAGAUUGCUCCACCCACCGACCAUCGGGGACACGGUCGACGCCGGCGGAAUCGGCCGAGAUAAGCAUACGCAUCCUGCGGACGCCACACUGCUGCAAUCGCUCCGAGCACCUGCCCAGCUCGCUGAAGGGCUGCAAGCUGGCGACGCCCCCGGCACCGGAUCCCGCUCCGUCGGCCACCGGGUCCACCGCGAAAUCGGGAGCUAAGACGAAAAAGUGGUCCAAAGUGCGCCACAAACCGAACCGGCAGCCGGCCAGCGGUGGCGGUGGGCUGGUGGACCCGAACGGAGCGCUCGCUCCGCUGUUGGUUUCGAACCUCCUCGACAAACUCUAA